ACGCUUGUCUGGAUGGAAUGUGACGCCAAAGCUCUCGCGGAGUAAAACACCGGCCAUUUUUCUCCAUGUAGCUAUAGCAGGGCACUUUGUGUUUGGGUAGUGUAACGAGAGUGUUGCGGUCUCUUAGAUAAGCACACAAGUUCUGGCAAGUUUAUUUUUGUUAUCCAAGCAUCCAAACUUAGAACAAACAGGACACAAAUUAUGUUUGUGUUUACCGCUGCGACGUUGUUUCGCUGACAUCCCUGUCCGGAUAGAUGCUUCUUGUCUAAACUGUCGCACAAAUGGAAAUGGUGCCUAGCCAGGAGAACCAGUUCGUACCCAAAGAGAUCCAAAAUGCAGCCGAGGAGCCCAGAGUGCUGUGUAUCAUUCAGGAUAUCACCAGUGCAAAGACGGUCAAUGAGAGGCUGACCCUCAACCUGCCUGCUUCAACCACCCUCUCCAAACUAUAUGAAGAUGUUGCCCACAAAGCUGGAUAUGUGAAAGCCACUUUUGACCUUGCUUGGGGAAACUCGCCCGACAUGGUGCCACUGGACCACAGCAGUGAGAUGCCCCUCUCAGAUUCUGGGUUUGAGCCUGGUGGGAAGAGGAAUUUCCUCCAGCUCACGGACAAAGAUGGAGAGCAGCCCCAGAUUGCAUCGGAUGAGUCAGGAACAGCAGACAGCAGUGGGCUGGAUGACAGUUCCCAGGAGCGAAUAAUCGGGCCUCUACCGAGAGAUGGCACUGCAGGCUGCAGUGGUGACUACAGCAGUCCGUCUUACUCCUACUCGUCCAUCCUCAACAAAUCUGAUACGGGUUACGUAGGCCUGGUCAACCAAGCAAUGACUUGCUAUUUGAACAGUCUUCUACAAACGCUGUUCAUGACCCCGGAGUUCAGAAAUGCGCUCUACAACUGGGAGUUUGAGGAGACUGAAGAGGAUCCAGUCACCAGUAUACCCUACCAGCUGCAAAGGCUGUUUGUUCUGCUGCAGACUAGUAAGAAACGGGCGAUCGAGACCACUGAUGUGACGCGGAGCUUUGGGUGGGACAGCAGUGAAGCUUGGCAGCAGCAUGACGUCCAGGAGCUGUGCAGAGUCAUGUUUGAUGCCCUGGAGCAAAAGUGGAAGCAGACGGAGCAGGCUGACCUGAUCAACCAGCUGUACCAGGGGAAACUGAAGGAUUAUGUCCGUUGUCUGGAGUGUGGCUAUGAGAGCUGGAGGAUUGAUACUUACCUGGACAUCCCUCUUGUGAUCAGACCCUUCGGAGCCAGUCAAGCCUACGGCAGUGUGGAAGAGGCUUUGCAGGCUUUCAUCCAACCAGAAACUCUUGACGGGCCCAACCAGUAUUUCUGUGAACGCUGCAAGAAGAAAUGUGACGCUCGGAAGGGUCUGAGAUUUCUACACUUACCCUACCUACUGACACUGCAGCUGAAGCGGUUUGAUUUUGACUACACCACUAUGCAUCGCAUCAAACUUAACGACCGCAUGACUUUCCCUGAUGAACUCGACAUGAGUCCAUUCAUGGAUGUGGAAGAUGAGAAGUCACCUCAGACAGAGAGCUGCACUGACAGUGGAGCAGAGAAUGAAGGAAGUUGCCACAGCGACCAGAUGAGCAACGACUUUUCCACCGAUGAUUGUGUGGAUGAGGGCAUCUGCUUGGACAGCACCGGCAGCACAGAGAGGGUGUUGAAGCCAAAGAGUUUACUGACCUUUGAGCUGUUCUCCGUCAUGGUCCAUUCUGGGAGCGCUGCAGGUGGCCACUACUACGCCUGCAUCAAAUCCUACAGUGAUGGCCAGUGGUACAGUUUCAACGAUCAGCAUGUUAGCAAGAUCACCCAAGAUGAUAUCAGGAAGACACAUGGCGGGUCCUCAGGGAGCAGAGGCUAUUAUUCCAGUGCCUUUGCAAGCUCUACAAAUGCAUAUAUGCUUAUUUAUAGAUUGAAAGAUCCCUCAAGGAAUGCAAAGUAUUUAGCUGCAGAAGACUUCCCAGAGCACAUAAAGAGUUUGGUUCAAAAGGAGAAAGAGUCUGAAGAGCAGGAAAAGCGACAGAGGGAGAUUGAGCGCAACACCUGCAAGAUUAAGCUUUUCUGCAUGCAUCCUGUAAAGAUGAUGAUGGAGAGCAAGCUGGAAGUACACAAAGACAAAACUCUCAAAGAAGCAACAGAAAUGGCCUACAAGCUGAUGGAGCUGGAGGAUUUGGUGUCUCUGGACUGCUGCCGCCUGGUAAAGUAUGAUGAGUUCCACGAGUACCUGGAGCGCUCUUACGAAGGGGAGGAGGACACACCGAUGGGCCUGCUGCUUGGAGGAGUCAAGUCCUCAUAUAUGUUUGACCUGCUGCUUGAGACCCGCAAACCAGAGCAAGCGUUCCAGCCUUACAAACCUGGAGAGGUAAUGGUGAAGGUCCAUGUUGUGGAUCUGAAGAGUGAGAACAUCGCCUCACCAGUCAGUGUUCGGGCGUACUUGAACCAGACGAUCACUGAAUUCAAACAGCUAAUUGCACAGGCUACAGGGCUAUCUGCAGAAAGCAUGCGUGUGGUCCUGGAGCGCUGCUAUAAUGACCUGCGGCUCCUAUAUGUUCCAAACAAGACACUGAAAGCUGAAGGGUUCUUCAGGAGUAACAAGGUUUUUGUAGAGAGCUCUGAGUCGACAGAUCAUCAGGUUGCUUUUACUGACUCAGUCUUGUGGAAACUGUUGGAUCGUCACGGAAAUACGAUUCGGCUCUUAGUCUUACUGCCUGAGCAGUCUCCUGGUACCUUGGCCAACAGAACUCUUUGCCAAAACGUAGGAGGUGACUGUGAUGUGCCCCUUGAGGGUUCAAAAGGUAACAGGAAAUCCGUAGAGGCCAUCCUCGAGGAGAGCACAGAAAAGUUAAAGAAUCUGUCGCUGCAGCAGCAGCAGCAGCAGCAAGGCUCUAGCCCCAGUGACAGCCAGAAAAGCUCUGAAACCAGCGAUUUUGAACAUAUCGAAAGCCCAACCCAAGAGGACUCAAACUCUUCACUCUGUGUGGCUGCAGACAACAGAGAGUUAGAGAACCGGAUCAGGGCCACAGCGGGGGGCAGCAGCAGCGCCUCCUCUGACCCUGAGAACCACUUUGCCUGUGAGGAGCGCUCAGACUCUGAGGUGAACAAUGACCGCAGCACCAGCUCAGUGGACAGCGACAUCUUGAGCUCCAGCCACAGCAGUGACACACUCUGCAAUGCAGACAGCGGGCCCAUACAGCUGGCCAAUGGCUUGGACUCGCACAGCAUCACAAGUAGCCGUCGCUCCAAAGCCCAUGAGGGCAAAAAAGAGACCUGGGACACUGCUGAAGAAGACUCUGGAACCGACAGCGAGUAUGACGACAAUGGGAAGAGCAAGGCAGAGGCUCAGUACCUGUACUUCAGAUCAGAGCCUUUUUCUCAGGAUGACUCCUCAUCGGAGGCACAAAAAUGUUUAGUGGUUCACGUGGACAAGAGAAUAACAUUAGCAGCAUUUAAACAGAACCUGGAGCCAUAUGUGGGUGUCACCUCCACCCAGUUCAAAGUGUUUCGGGUGUAUGCCAACAACCAGGAGUUUGAGAGUGUACGGCUCAACGAAACGCUCUCAUCAUUCUCUGAUGACAACAAGAUAACUAUUCGGCUAGGAAGAGCACUGAAAAAGGGUGAAUACAGAGUGAAAGUGUAUCAACUACUGGUGAAUGAACCAGAGCCCUGCAAGUUCCUCGUGGACACGGUGUUUGCCAAGGGCAUGACUGUCAGACAGUCUAAAGAGGAGCUGCUCCCCCAGUUGAAAGAACAGUGUAAGCUUGACCUUAGCAUUGACAGAGUCCGUCUCAGGAAAAAGACGUGGAAGAACCCAGGAACAGUGUUUCUGGACUACCAUGUCUAUGAAGAAGACAUCAGCAUCUCCUCUAAUUGGGAAGUUUUCCUGGAAGUUCUCAAUGAACCGGAGAAGAUGAAGUCCAUGUCACAGCUAGCUGUCCUGACCCGGAGAUGGAGACCCGCUGCAAUGAAGCUGGGGCCCUUCCAGGAAGUUAUUCUGGAGAGCAGCAGUGUAGAAGAACUCAAGGAGAAGCUUAGUGAAAUGAGUGAUGUUCCUCUCGAAAGCCUAGAAUUUGCAAAGGGUAGAGGAACAUUCCCUUGUGAUAUAUCUGUGUUGGAGAUCCAUCAAGAUUUGGACUGGAACCCUAAGGUGUCAACUCUCAACGUAUGGCCUCUGUACAUCUGUGACGACGGAGCUGUGGUCUUCUACAGGGACAGCACAGAGGAGCCUAUGGAGUUGUCGGAGGAGGCGCGUAAUGAGCUGAUGAAGAAGGAGAGCAGCCGUCUGCUCAAGACUGGCCACCGUGUCAGCUACUCGCCACGCAAGGAGAAGGCACUCAAGAUCUACCUGGAUGGAGGCCCUGCCAAGGACCCGGUGCAGGACUGAAGCACUGAGCACCGCUCCUCAUAUCUGGAUCGUCCGGCUGCUGCAGCAGAGCCACCGGGCUAUGGGACUUUUGUCUGCGUGUCGGGCUGAUAGUUACUUGAACAUCAAGCAGCGUUGAGAGGCUGAUAUGCUCUCACCCUCCACUCUGAGCCCCAGGACUGGCUCAGAAACCCUAUUGUGCACUGUAGUGUAUUGUACUGUAAAGUUUAAAGGGAAGUACAAAAGCUAUUGAAUACAGAUAAAGAAUCAAAUACUGUAUAGACGAAUCAAUUGGACUUUAAAGCUCCAGAGACGGACGCAGAGGUGUAAGGACUGUGAAACUGGGCUGGAAAGCAUCCAUCCUGUCUAUUUAAGUCUCCUCACAUCCUUUCACUCUCCUCCCUGCCACUGUGUUUCUCUUCCUGUUUUAGGAAUAGUGUUGAUUCUGAUUCAUCUGUGAGUGUCUUGUGAGUCCAUAUACUCACACACCCUGAGCACUGCAGAAAUCAUUCUUACAUUGCUCACCUUCCAUUAAAUACUUUAAAACCAACAGCACACACAACCAAGAACUACUUAUUUAGCCUGACCUCUCUCUCAGUGACUCUGACAACUUCGUUUUCAGGAUUUGAUGAAUCAAUAAAAGCAACAACUAAGAAUUUGUAAACUGUUAAUCACUUCCACUAGAUUAAUUGAUACUUAGACUAUUGGUCCUUGGCUACAAAGUACAAUGAAACCAAAC